AUGGAAAGUCCACAGAAAGACACACCACGAAGCUUGAAGGCAGUGUGUGAGGCCAUCUUUACGAUCAGCGUAAGUGAGGGAGCGGAAAAAUUGCCCCAUAAAAACAGGGCGGAGAAGGAAAGUACGGAAGUAAAGCGAGGUUUAGAAUUGCUCUUUAGCCCUGGCAAUUCGGUGUUGCAUGGGGUGCCUGCCGUAAAAGGGUUGCGAGAAGCUGUGCGACUGUUCGUGAGGAAGCAUGCACAAUUGUUAAACGCAACAACGGGCAACGCCGUGGCAGGGGCCACGAAUGCUCCGCUUGCCCUGCGGGAUGCCAUUCUACGCAGCAAUGAAGCCAUGGCGGAGAUUCGUGAGGAGUGGAAGCAAAUACUGGAGCGUAUGUACACUGUUGCGGAGGAGCAGGAUAGUGUCACACCGCCUGGAAACACAUUGGCGGCCGAUGCCACCCCACUGUGUAAUGUUUUACGCAUUGAAACAAGCCAUGACGAAUCUUGGGAAGAGUUACCGUGGGAAGGGAAACUUUCAUGCGACGACGCCCGUGCGUUACUCGACGCGUGUAUGCGGGAAUGGGUGGAGCAGGGUCGUCCCUUAAACAACGAAAAGGUAGAGGCUUUUGUCCGGGCACUACGCGCGGUCGUGGAGACGGACCCGGAGUCCACCAUCUUUGACGUCAGCUGGGACUUCUGGAUGAGUUCACUGCUUCUGUGUGUGGAGCUGCAGGGAACAUCGUGCGAGACUAUCACGCUUGUAGAGCUGAUUUAUAGUCGAUGCACCUCCAGACGAAAACUUGCGCUCUUGGACGCCAUUGCCGCGAAACUCCGGCGACCAGUCAAGGGCUUCUCAGCUCAUCAGUGUAUUUUGUUGAAGUUGUUUCACCGACUUCUUCUUUGCACCUCGGAAAACAUUGUCACCUUUAUGGACGAAGAAAUUGCCCAGUUGCUUCUGCAAGGGUUGCACGUUGUCGUUGAACACCUUGAGAGCUUUAGCGCGAUGGAUUCACAAGCACGGUGGCUGAAACAGCUUUUGGUGCGUUCCUCUCUCGUCCGUGACAUCACCCUGUUGCUAGGAAGAGAGCCCGGCCUCAUCCGCAAACUGGCAGUCGCCAUGCCCGAGCCACACGCUGUUGGGCUGAUGUUGACAAUGCUGCCGCUGUGGGUUCGAGAGCCCGGCGACGCAUGUACGUUUACACUUAUCUUUGAGAAACUGGUGGAUGCCUUGUUGAGCAAUCACGUGCGAGGCGACCUCGUUGAGGAUGCCCUGGUGUGCGUUGAUCGCUGCGUGCGCGGGCUGGGCGUUGAAAAGCGUCACGAGCAGUUUGGCAAGGUUUCUUGUUUCCUGAUCUCUCUGGAGUACAGUGAAGUACAGGACUCAUUAGGGAGACUUCUGCGUCUCCUGCUUUGCUUUGCAGUGCCUUCCACGUAUGGGUCUGACUGCAGAUAUCGACUGCCGCCAACGCAUUUGCGGUGCCUUGAGGAUAAACUCCUCAGGCAGUCGGAGCACUGGACGAAAAGGACUGCCGCACAUCAUACUGUGGUAGGGUAUUUCUGGUGGGGAGUGCUGCGUUGGCACGCGGCGGAGUUACCCAAAGUAGUUGCGCGUGCUGUGCGUGCCGUGUGCCGGUACGAAAAGCGCGUGGGAUCGCCGUGGGACGAGGGACAUCUUGUUGCCAUCAGUUACUCCGUCCCGUCCUGGCGCAGUCUUGAAAAGGUCUUGGAGGAUGAACGGCGUUCAGGUCACCUCAACUACAGGAAUCUGCUGCUGCACAUCUGCGCAGGUGCCCCCAGAAUCACUUCGGGACCACAGCAGCCACCGCAGCCGCCAGUGAGUUUGUGUCCCACGACGUUGUGGUUGUUGAUGCGCUGGUGCACAAAUGCCUGCGCGCGUCGUGGGUUGUUUCUUGCCACGACGGAAGUGCUCCGGUCUUUUGCGUCAGACAGGGACAUCGCGGGCGGCAACCUUCUUGCAAUCCCUGUGGAGGAGUUUGAUGCUCUGCUUCACACGCCUCAUGUUAUUUCCGCACAGGAAUUGGGUCGAAGACGUAUGCUGGCGGCAAUGCUUUCCGUUCGGUUAUGGAUCGCUACGCUGCCCCCAUUGUGUCCUACACCAGGUGUGACUGAGUUGGAUAUUACGGGCAUGGUGGCUCGGCAGCUCCAAACCUACUGGGUAGAUUACAAUGGCGAGGUGCCAAUGCCGAAUGAACCAUUUGGGGAAGACUCCCUGCUACUUUUGUUGUGUGUUCUUUGCCUCAAUAGGUUGGCGGGGGCAGCCAAAGCCGGCGAUUGCAGUCACGAGCAUGUCUUGCAGGAAACGCUAAAAAAACUUCUAGAGGAGAGACGCGGACAUGACCCAGUCUGGCAGCUCUUGUAUUUCUUGGAAACUGGCAUUGUCUUGGACCACCUAGCUGCCGUUCUUGUGCAUCGAUUUGGAGUGGCGCAUGAGGUUCCGGUACAUACGGGUGCUGAAAAAUACGUGACAUCCGACUUGCCGUUCGUUGGAGCAAAUGAGUUGUACGCCCUGAAAGAAUUGCUUGCCCUAAGAGAAGAAGAUCCAGAAAAGGAAAAACGUCUACUUUCUGUUCUUCAACUGCUGCUUCAGAUGCAUGGUGGAGACGUGUCGCGUGCGGCGGUGGCCGUGAAGGCACAUUCCUUGCCGCAGUGGGAAGCGUACGGGCGUUGCGCAGAGCUGGCGGUUGGUGUGGUGGAGCACCUGCUUACGUCCUUCCCGCAUCUGGAGGAGCGGAUGCACUGUGAGGGUGUGGAUGUCUACUACCUCUGCCUACUGUGUAUCCAGCGAUGGUUGCGGGAUCCAUUGAAAUUGCCUGAGCUUGCUCGUGCCUCUAUCGAUAAGUUUAUGCGUCUUGGACAGACAGCGUGGGAGGGUCUUGUGUCCGACUGCCUUGGCAGGCACAUCGAGACACUUUGGGAUGCGUUCUUCGAGGUUGAUGGAUUGUCAAGCCUGUGUGCGGAGUCAGUGAUACUGCCAGUGAGCCUUUUUUGGGCCUCGUGUCUGGCGGCAAGUUUUAGCCUGAACAAAGACGUGUGA